AUGUUAUCCGUUUUAAAGAAGCCUCAAUUAUUAUCACCAAUUGGUAGACUGCCUACACUUACACGCACUUUGUCAACAACCACUCAACGUCCUGGGGAAGCAUUGGAAGCAAGUCGUCCAAUUCCAGCAACAAACAUCGCCCAACAAGGCUCAAACCAGCUCAGUCUGGAGCAGCCACGUAAUGGCGUGGAAUACGCACUUACUUCAUUGGAUAAAGUUAGAAACUGGGGACAGACUGUAGGUUUACAUAUUUUAAAUGGCUUCUUCACGGCUUCUCUGCGUCGUUUCUUCGAGAAGACGCUGCGACAAGUCCACAAGAAGGGAUCCUUAUGGCCAAUGACUUUCGGAUUAGCCUGCUGUGCUAUUGAAAUGAUGCAUAUGGCCACUGCUCGUUACGAUCAAGACAGACUUGGUGUCGUUUUCCGUGCAUCUCCACGUCAAUCUGAUUUGAUGAUUGUUGCUGGUACAUUAACCAACAAGAUGGCUCCUGCCCUUCGCAAAGUCUAUGACCAAACUCCACUUCCUCGUUACGUUAUUUCUAUGGGUUCUUGCGCUAACGGUGGUGGUUACUACCAUUACUCUUACUCUGUCGUACGCGGUUGCGAUCGUAUCGUACCUGUGGAUGUAUACUCACCUGGAUGUCCACCAACCGCUGAAGCACUCCUUUAUGCUAUGCUUCAACUUCAGAGGAAGAUGAGAAGGAACAGACAAGCCACGCUGUGGUACAGGAAGUAG